AUCCAGAAGAAGAUGCCCGUGUGGUGAUUCAUGAAGGACUAGGUGAGGUGCUAUCUAUUCUAAAUCCAGUUAUGCAGCAUUACUCAGCCCUGCAGUCUCCAGACAUCUUCACAGCAGCAAGAAAUCUAAUCGCUAUGAUUAAAGAUCAUGAUUAUGAAGAGGACAUGACAGCACAGAAUGUAAGAGACUUCUGUGAUGCCAUCGACCAGCUUGCGCUGACAUUUAGUAGCAGUGUGUCUGAGUAUCUGAUGGGAGAUAUGGGACCUCAGUUGGUCAUGGAUCUUAAAACUAAAUCCAUGAACAAUAUCUCAUCAGAAGAAAGAAUAGUAUCUCACGACCAGACUGAAUCAGUUCGAAUGUCACCAGAAGAAAUUGAUGCCAUCUUAGUGGGUCUUGAUAAAGGAUUAAGUCUUGCCUUGCAGCGAGCCAAAGUCUGGUCCCGGUAUAUUGCUGAUGUUAUUACAUACAUAGAAAGGAAAACCCAACUUGAACUGGACUAUGCUAAAAAUCUGUCAAGGUUGGCCAAUGCUGUGCAAAACAGUUUAAAAAAAGAGGUUUUCUUACCAUUGCAGUCAGUCUACUGUACUGCCCUGGCUCAGGAUGUUGAGUUUGCCAGCAAUCUUCAGGCUACUCAAGCAGUGUUGCACACACAUAAAUUUGUGGAGCCUUUGACUUUGCGACGGACUGAGCAUGACAAAGUGUAUAAGUCUGUCAAAGAACAGUGGCAUCGAGAGUGUAAGAAAAUGAAUGACUCGGUAACUAAUCUCCGUAAAGCAUACUCACAUUACCUGAACAGACAGCAGGACCACGAGAGAGCUCGAGAUUUAGCACUAAAAGCAGAUGGAGAGAAGCAAGAAAAGAGAAGGAAAGCAGAGGAAGAAGCUAUGCACAAGGCUGCUGAAGCAGAAACAACUUACAAGGCCUGCGUUGCUGAGGCUAAUUACAGACAACAGCAGUUGUUUAAGGUGAAGGGUGAGCUGCUCGCAAAAAUUAGGGAGCAGAUACAACUUUGUGAUCAGGUUCUAAAAGAUGUUACCAUGGAAUACUUUAAACUGUACAAUAUAGUAUUGUCUCCGCUGCCUCUGCAGUACCAAACAUUAUGUGAAAGCAGUAGGAACUAUCAACCAGGCAGCCAGUAUGCAGAGUAUGUACGAAGAUUACCUGGGACCAACGCCUCAUGCCAGCCAGAGGUUUUUGUCUUUGAGCCCUACAUGCAAGGACAGAAAUCAUCAUCAUCUGGUGAGGCACGUAAGGAAAGUUUUCAUUCUAAUGGAUCUGCGUCAGAUAACCUGCAUUCCCCUGAAGGUUCACCUGUCAUUUCACCAAGAAGAG